AUGCAACAAGACGGUUCGAAAAGAGGGCGCAAUUCUGACCCUUCAACAUCUGUGUUAACGCCUCUGAGAGGGGAUUUCUUUGAGCUUUCACCUGGAUUCGAGUCAAGAGCCCGUUCGUUAUCUCCACGCAAGCGUCUCGUUAAGCAACCGCUUCAUAUUCGCAUGAACUUGACUGAGAGUCAAGUCGACAAGCUCACAGACGCAUUUAGUCAAAAGGUGGAAAUCAGCCCUUCAAAGCCAGCAAGGCCCAAGAAGAAGUCUGCAAUGGCAACUCCAAGAUCAACACCACGAAAGAACAAGUCAACAACUCCUCAGCCCGAUGUCUCAUACAACUGGGCUCUGGGAGACGAUAAUAACUCAGGAGUAGACUCUCCGACCUUCUCUGAACUCAUGCCUGGUCGAUACUCUGACUCUCAAAACGAUAUGUUCUCAUCUAGUAUAGCAGAGCGCCGCCAGAGAAACCCCCCUUCUCCUUUGCAGUUGGGGACUGGUCGACGGAGCGGAGUCGGUCCUCGACCAGCCGAGAUGGAAGACGUCCCUCAACCGGUCUCUCCGCUUGGCCAGGGACGGUUUGAUCGUGGCCCGAUCUUUGACGAUAAUGCCUCUUCUGUUUAUUCUGCUCAGCCUACGGCUCUUCCAUCGCCGCUUCAUCUCAGCCACCUUCGCUCACGAUCCAAAGUUGACAACACUGUCGAGAAUUCGUACAAGGAUUGGUUAAUGAACCACGACCCGUCUAUGAUCAGAGAAUCAGCAAGUCACCUAGAGCCUUUGGUCAACAGACCUCGACGCUCGAAGAGCUCAGCCGAUGGGUUAAGACAAGCACGAGCCGUCGAAGUGCACUCACCACCGGUCCCCCAGAUUAUCACCCUGCAUGCCAACAACAACAAUAACAACAACAACAACCAACCUGUUCAAGACACUCCGCUCUUUUCUCCCCUACAGAUGUAUUUCAGAGGAACAGACUAUCCAAGCGUCAAGAAGGGGGAGAAAGUGAUGAUUGGGGACAAUGGGUGGCUGGAACGGACCGACAAUGGCGCGGACCAGGUUUCAAAGGCGCCUCAGAAGAAGACUGGGAUACUGGACAGCAUCAAGAAGAUGGCCAAAGACGUGGCAGAGCUACAUUAUAACGCUCGUCGUGUACAGCCUACUACUCGACCUCGUCCACCCUCACAAGUUUCCAUCUCGUUAAAUGCUAGGGAGCAGAGUCUUCUCUACUGCGAACUCGAGUUCAACCUGAGCACAGCUUUGAACGACUACAUCACGGUGCAGCUUGACAAAGGCCGACUUGUGCCUGACAAGCUCAAGAAAGUGGCGGAUGCAUGGCAGAACAAGGGUCGCCCCAAGGUUGUCGGGUUCCGGUACGAUCUUGAGACGCAGCUCGAAUUAGUCAACUUACACGCCGAUGACUUCCGCUUCUAUGGCCGCCGGCAAGCUGACCCUACAGAGAUUGGCGGGCUUCUGCAUGCCAUGAAGGUCAAUGCAAGAGCCAUGUGCGUCCGCACACUCUGCCAGCCCGACACCGUGAUCGCGAAACAGCUGGUUGACGCGCAGUCGGUUUUCAAGAUGCUCGGCGUCCCUGAUGAGCAGCAGGUUGCUCUUGCUGAGAUAGCUCAAUUCUUCAAGGUGAUUGUUGAGAGGGAGCUAGACAGCCGAGAACGAAGAGAUCACAAUGGCAGCCAGUGA